AUGAGCUUAAUAGCGGGUGUCCUUAACAUAGAAGGACAUGGAGAAAGAAGGAAGCAUUGUACAGGAGGUAACCAUGGCAACCUGCUAGAACCAGCUGCUGACAGGUAAAAUUUAUGUUCCACCAUGAUUGGCCAAGCAAAGUACAUGUACACAAUGCUACACUCGAACCAGGCGGUACAGACACCUCUCUAUUACGGACAGUUUCCAAUGUCCCGACAAAAUUCUCAUAUAUUUUCUUGAAAAAAACCUCUUUAAUACGGACUCUCUCUAAUACGGACAACGGACACUAAAUCUCGGCCCCAGAGAGUAAAUUCAUAAAAACGUAACCUCUUUAUUACAGACACUGCGGUGAUCAGGUUAAUCCAGUAUCCCGAUCAGUGAAUCUGCACAGGGUGAAUCCCGUCUAGUCUGGCUGAUGAGUUAUGCAAGGUGAAAUGCAGUGUAAAGCCCAGUCGCUCUAUACCAGACAACGAUUUGCGAAAAGUGUACAGAGGAACAAAACCGACGUUUUUGAAGGCUUCAAAAACAACAGAUAGCAUAAAGAUCCUUUCUAUUACAUUCUGUACUCUAGCUACUGUUUACUGCGCUUGCAAAAUAGCGAAAGGCGCUUUCAAAAUUGUGCUUUACGUUACAACUUUUUACAUGCAGCAUUGCGCUGUAGCUUGUUUCGUUUUAAAGCAGCAAUGCUCAACAAAUCGGUGCCAGUGCCAAAAGGGUGGGCUAACCUGCACUAAACUUUACGCGUGCUCUGAUGAUGACGAGCCCUGUGAAAAGGCUUUGCAGGAAGAUGAUGGUGAUGAAUAUGUUGAUGACAAUGAUGAAAGUGACAAUAGCUAUAAUAAU